CAGUUCUAUAUCACAUAGACAAACUGUAUGAGUCAUUGAUCACUGAUGUUAACUCUGAUAAUGGUGUUAGAGAAAAGGAAAAUAAAACUACAGAUAAAUAAAAACUAAUUCUAAAUUGAUUUGUAUAUCCCAGACACAUAAUAACCUAAUAGGAAAUGACAACAGGAAAUGAUGAAAGGAAAGUGUGGCAGCUGAAUCUCUCAAAUACCAAGUCCAAUCAGAGCAGUUCUCUAUUUGAAAAUCAGCAGUAGCAACAAAAUGCCUGAAAAUAUUUACAUAAACACUUUCCAACAUCACAAUUCAAGACCAGCAGAGAAAGACCAACAGAAGGAGUGUGUCAGUGAUAAGAGAGAUGGUGUCUGUAUGGUGGUUCUUCUCUCUGUUCUCCUCUUCCUGUCUCUGCUGGUGAAUGCAGUGUUGGCUUACCUCUAUUACACCAAUGACACAAAUCAGUUAAUGGGAUGUGAGCCAGUGACAAAUAACUCAAACCUAGAAGUUAACAGGCCAUCACUCCCUUGUACUUACAAAGGUUUGCCCGAGAGGUGGGUCCAGGACAAGGGCAGAUUCUAUGUUUUCUCCAAUAAUACAAAAGACUGGAACAGCAGCAGAGAACGCUGUCAGGAUCUGGGUGGAGACCUGGUCAUCAUCAACAGCACUGAGGAACAGGAAUUUCUUGCUCAGCAAAUAGUCACUUCUAAUGCAUUGGUGCUACACUGGAUUGGUCUGACUGACCGCCAGACUGAGGGGACGUGGCUAUGGGUGGACAACACCCCCUUAAACAACAACCUCUCAUGGUGGAUUUUCCCCCCUGACGAUCAUGAUACAAGUGAUCCCUUGGGUGAAGACUGUGCUGUAUUAAAUGGAUAUUUAAAAGGAGAAAAAUGGGGAGAUAUUUCUUGUUUGAAAAAGGAAAGAAGCAUUUGUGAAAUUCCAUGUUAUUGAUCAAUACUAAAGUAUCGUUAAUGACUUUCAAUAUCCCUGUUUAUGUGUAUUAUAGUAUAUAUAAUAUGUAUUACAGUGUAUAAUCUGUGUAGCUCUUUAUAAAUAAUACAUUUGUAUUCUUUAUUUUGUAAUUAUUGUUAACAGCACUGGCCAAUUGUACGUCAUUGCCUUUAAAAUAUUAUGCACUUUCUUUACAGCAUGAAUGAAUGAAUGAAUGAAUUAAAAAUAGACAUGAAUGGAUAUGUACAAUGGAUACAGCACUAUGUGAAUGUGUGCUUAUAAUGUGAAUGCCAAAUGUCAUUUUUAAUCUUUCUGAAGCCUCUUUAUAACAUUCAGAUGAUCUAUUCUAGAGGCUUCUGCCCCCUGGUGGAUUAGCCAAUGCUCUUCAAGAAGUAAAAGGACUUGCAAUAUACAGUAGUGGCCAAAAGGGAUGUCCGGAGGGGAUAUUUGCCAUUCGAAAACAUCCUCUCAUGCCUAGCCUCCUCGCUCUGCUCCUCUUACCAUUUUUUUCCUGGACUUGCAGUCAGACUCGAAUACAACGAAUAUGACGUUGUAUCUUAAAAGAGGUAACUGCCAGCUUAACUGCUAAAACAAUGCAUGCUGAUCUCUUCAAAUUUUAACUGUGGGAGAAUUAUUUGGGGGGUCUGUGCCCCAGUACUGAUCAAACUCUAGAAAUGCCCAUGGAAUGACCACUUGGCCAAAAAUGACAUCCACACAAUUUGGGAUGUUUCUGUCAGGGUUAUGUUUAGUUUGGCCCGUGUCUCUGUUGGACUUGGAGUUGUUGUUUUUUUCUCUGUCGUUGUUCACUGUUUGAGGGCAUGUUUGCAUGACAAUGGUGUAGCUACUAAAAACUGAAAAGUA